UGAUCUUGAGAAUAUUCAUAGAAAUCUUGAGCUAUCAAAGACUAAAGCUACUUUCUGUAAACUAAGCAUUAAACUUAAGAUCUUUAAGCCUGCAAACAAUACCCCAAAUAGCUCUUUCUUCAAGAAAGAUAGAGACACUUAG